GGAACAGCUAAGAUACUGCGCAGGACCCUCAAGCUCCCAGGCCUCUGGUAGAGGACCCGAGCUUGAAGGAUUGACCGCCCACAGGGGCGAGAUAUGUAUAUAUAUACAGUGGUAACUGAAGAUUUAAGACCAACAAUCCCUUAAUGUUGCUAUGCGUUAAUCUUUUACGUUUUACGGUAAAGAACACACGAAUUUCACUGCGAGCAUUACCGUAAUGACUGUAACCCAGCCAGAAGCAGCGGACCACAGAUCACGGCGCUGAUUCUCCUCGUCAGACAAAGCUGGAAGAUAGAGGGAAAAUGGAGCGGUUUUGGUUGUUGAGGAUUUUAAUAGUAGUGCAAGUUUUUCACGGGUCUUUAGCCGGCGCUUCAGGCAACCAGUGGAAGAAAAUUAAAGAAAGGAUAUCGGAUGCUGUUAAAGGGUACACUCCAUGUGAACCUGUCAACUGUAGCUGCCACCUAAGUGUCCUACAGCAUGACUUGCAAACCUUUAAAGGGGGGAUUUCACAGGAUGUCAUGGCUGCUACGAUUCAGAGAGGAGUGGGAACCCACUACCAGAUCAUUGGACACAAGCUGUACAGGGAGCAAAACUGCAUGUUCCCUGCUAGGUGCAGUGGGGUGGAGCACUUCAUACUGGAGGUGAUUGACAAGCUGCCUGACUUAGAGAUGGUUGUAAAUGUGAGGGAUUACCCUCAAGUCCACUGGGUGCAGCCAACCCUGCCAGUCUUCUCUUUCAGUAAGACCUCAGACUACAACGACAUCAUGUACCCAGCAUGGACAUUUUGGGAGGGCGGGCCUGCUGUGUGGCCCAUUUACCCCACUGGACUGGGAAGAUGGGAUCUGAUGAGGGAUGACCUUAAAAAAUCUGCAGCACAGUGGCCAUGGAAGAAGAAAGAGUCUAAAGGAUUUUUCAGAGGUUCCAGAACCAGCCCUGAGCGCGACCCUCUCAUCCUUCUGUCCAGAGAAGCUCCAGAGCUGGUAGAUGCAGAAUAUACAAAGAAUCAAGCCUGGAAGUCUGAGAAGGAUACUCUUGGGAGACCCCCUGCCAAGGAAAUUCCCCUGGUAGAUCACUGCAAAUACAAGUAUUUGUUCAACUUCCGUGGUGUGGCAGCAAGUUUUCGCUUCAAACAUCUCUUCCUGUGCGGCUCCUUGGUGUUUCAUGUGGGAGACGAAUGGCAGGAGUUCUUUUACCCUCAGCUCAAGCCCUGGGUCCACUACAUUCCAGUCAGGCAGGAUCUGUCUGAUCUCAGGGAGCUGCUCCAGUUUGUUAAAGAGAACGAUGCCAUCGCGCAGGAAAUAGCUACAAGGUGA